UAAAACGACACUUCUCUCUCUAAUCAAUAAUUGUAUCAAAUGGCCCCCCAAAUUUAAUACAAGACACCCUAUUACUCUUUUUAACGGUCACCUUGACUUUUCGUUAGCUCUUCAAUCCUCCCUUUGGCUAAUUCGAUUUCUACACAAAAAUCUCUUCAAUGAUUACUGAAAGGAAAGCAGCAAAAGCCCUGGCAGGCAAGACUGCUCGACCUUGCGAUGGUUGUUCCCGCAAGAGAGCUCGGUGGUUCUGCGCUUCUGAUGACGCUUUUCUUUGCCAGGCCUGUGAUGAAUCAGUCCAUUCCGCCAACCAGUUAGCCAGCAGGCAUGAAAGGGUCCGGCUCGAAACUGCUUCUUCUAUGACAAGUGGUUCGAUAAACAGUGUGGAUUCUCCCCCUUGGCUUCAAGGGUUCAAAAAGGCAAGAACCCCAAGGCACAACAACAAGAAGUCUUUAUUAGCACAUCAACAACUUAAAGAUGAAGAGAAAAUCUUAAUGAAUUCUCUUCCUCUUGUUCCGAGAUUGAGUGAAGAAGAGGGUAAUACUGUUGUCGACGAAGAUGAAGAUCAGUUGCUGUAUAGGGUUCCUGUGUUUGAUCAUUUUGCUGCAGAACUAUGCACUGAUGAUAUGAUGCAUGUGAAGGAAACAGAAAUAGCCAUGGGGAACGAAGAGGGAAAUAUGGUUUUUGAUGGUUGUGGACAGGAAGGAACCACAUGUGACCUGGAUAAUUUACCUGCGUUUGUACCUUCAGAUAUGGAUCUUACUGAGUUUGCUGCGGAUGUUAAGAACCUACUUGGAAGAGGACUUGAGGACAAUUCUCCUGAUAUCAAGGAUUUUGGGUUGUUAGAUUAUAAAGAGGAAGAUGAUGACAAGUUUUGUUUUGAGGACAAAGUAGUGAAGGUCAAGGAUGAACAAGAACUUGAAGCAUUCACAGAUUGCCAUUUCGAUCAAGCUUUCGACAUAGCAAGAGAACCAUUUGAUUGGAAUUUCAAUUACGAGUCACCGAUAACUGGAGAUGAGGAAGAGGAGGAGAAGGCAGUACCAUCUGUGACUGACACGACCAUGAUGAAUAGUGGAAACACGAAAGAAAUGGGAAGAAACGUAUCUUUGAGGCUAGAUUAUGAAGCAGUUAUCACUGCCUGGGCCAGCCAUGGCUCUCCAUGGACUACAGGAAGCCGACCAGAGCUCAAUCCUGAUGAUUGCUGGCCUCACUACAUGGGUACAUGCCCUAAUGCUCAUCACCACCCAUAUGGGGUCCUGGGAGGACACACAGGAGGUGGCAAUGGAGGAAGAGAAGCAAGAGUAUUAAGGUACAAGGAGAAGCGAAGGACAAGAUUAUUUUCAAAGAAGAUAAGAUACGAGGUGAGGAAACUGAAUGCAGAGAAAAGGCCUAGAAUGAAAGGUCGAUUCGUUAAGAGGAUGUCCUUCAUGGGAACUGCAUAUCCUUGCAUCAACAAAUAACUGUUUUAACUACUAAUGCCUAUAUAUGUUUGUUUCUUGUUGCUGGCAACAAGGGAUGGUUGGAUUUAUGGGCUAACCUUGUUAAUAAGGUUAUAAGAGGAAAGUAACUUUUUUCCGGGUAUUUUUACUUAGUAUGGCUCAUCCAAGGUUGGGUGUACUGCAUUUUAGCUUAGACUAUGCCUGCUAAGUUUUUCCCUGUAUAUUUUAUUAAUAAAAUUGGUUGGCUUGUGAAAAAAAAAAAGAAGUAACUUAGGCAUUUGCCUUCCUCUCAAUCCUUUGAUUACUGUAAUGUAAUUAAACAUUUGGCAUUAUGAAGAUGUCAUCUUGACAAAGCAAGAAUUUCUAUGAAUUAAUUUCUUUGUCUUGAA